AUGGAACAGCGACUUGAAUCAAUUCGACCCUAUGUACAAACAUUGGCUGCGGUAUUAGAAAUCGGAGAAGAAAUAACAAUGGACUGUGAUCAAGUGACACUCAAAAACUCUGAUCGAGAAGCUUCUAAAUAUAUUAUCUUACAUGAGAAGAAAAAGUAUGCUGAAC